CAGCUGCGCGCCAGUGAGAAAUAACUCUCCAUCUCUCUAUCGGCUUUCAUCGCGAUGGGAUCUAUUUUCUCGAGGUGACUUUAGAGAUGAGGAGUGCCCAGAUGAAGAUGUUUUUGCUGAUGUGCGUUCAGACCGCGGUGAGCUCUCCAAUCUCCACCGCUGAUCAGGCUCAGGGUUUUCUUGAGCGAUACGGAUACCUGCAAAAGGAGGAGACUCAUCAUAAUGCUGAAGUCAAGUCUGCCAUCAGAGAGUUUCAGUGGUUGUCUCAGCUGUCUGUAACUGGACGGCUGGACAGAGCCACGAUGGAGAAGAUGUCAUCAGCUCGUUGCGGGGUUAAAGAUGUCGGGAGCCAUAGUUCCUGGAGCCGAAGGAUCAACAGGAUCUUCACUGGCCACUUGGGCAGACAUGGGCGGCACGAGCAGCAUCUCCGUAAGAAGCGUUACACUCACAUAGGAGAGAAAUGGCACAAACGUCAGCUCACCUAUGGCAUCAUGAACUGUCCGCGGAGUCUCUCUCCCGGUCAGGUGCGUGUGGCGGUGAACGCAGCCUUCCAGCUCUGGAGUAACGUGUCCGGGCUGCUCUUCCAGGAGCUCCAGCAGGGUCCCACCGACAUCACGCUCGCUUUCUUUGAAGGGGAACAUAAUGAUGGGACAGGAAAUGCAUUUGAUGGACCAGGUGGCACUCUGGCUCAUGCAUUUUUCCCAUUCCGCGGUGAAGCUCAUUUUGAUAUGUCUGAACGAUGGACCCUGAGUGGUCUUAAAGGACACAACCUGUUCCUUGUGACGGCCCAUGAAAUUGGCCACACUCUGGGUUUGGUUCAUUCACCAGUUCGCCAUGCGCUCAUGUCCCCGUACUAUAAGAAGAUGGGCUCUGCUGCACUGCUCAGCUGGGAUGACAUCGCUGCUAUACAACAACUCUAUGGUCAACCACCUGGGGAUACAGUGAAGCCGCUGGCAGGACGGGCUCUGAGAUGGGCCAUGCAGGAUUGGCAGAUUCCUCAAGAUCCUAUGGGAGGUUCCCUCAUACCCCACUACUGCCAGGGUUUCUUUGAUGCCAUCACCAUGGAUGAGAAUGGGACAGUGCUGGUGUUUCAGGGCCAUCAUUUCUGGACGGUGUCUUAUGGCAGUGUGAGCGAUCCUCUUCCGCUUCAGACUCGCUGGCCGCAGCUGCCCUUGGCUAUUGAAGCAGCUGCUUUCUCCACGUUUGACAGCAAACUCUACUUCUUUAAAGGAAGACGGGUGUGGCGUUACUCGGGCUCUGAUCUGGACCCUGGAUUCCCCAGGAGGAACAGUAAACUGGGCUUACCUUCGCACCCUGACUGCGCCUUCUUCUACCAGCCUCUGGGCCACAUGGUGCUCUUCAAAGGGUCCCGCUACUUUGUCCUGAACCUGGAGUCUCUGCGCAUUGAGCCGUACUACCCUCGUGCCCUGAGGGACUGGAAGGGGAUUCCCCGGGGGGCAAACGGCGCCUUGACUCGGCCCGAUGGAAAACUGUAUUUCUUUAAAGAGCGGCAGUACUGGAGGUUUGAUCCCGGGAAGCUGAGCAUUACUGCGACUGGACAGUGGGAAGAGAGGCUGCCAUGGAUCGGCUGCCACACCACUCCAUCAUAAUGAGCUACUCCGACCAGAAGAGGCAGUCAGACUAGAUCCACAAUAUUAAGAGGCGUUUGGGAUAUGUGCAAUUAAUGUAAGGCUUAAAGGUUUUGUCUGGGAAAAGGACAGAAAAACGUAUGCAACGAGAGCUGGGUUGAAGUACACUGGCGGUCAAAAGUUGGGAAUAAUUAAAGUCACCCUGUGAUGAA